CUUGAGCAGCUUAGCGCGCGCGGAUCUGGACUCGUACACACGUCGAGUUGUGUUUGUUUGUUUGUUUGUUUGUUUGUUUGCUCGCUUGUUUUUUUCUUACUUUGUUAACAUGUCUGCCUGUGAGGAGGAGCUUAAAGAGGAGAGGACGAAAAAGAAGGUGAAAAGGAGGACCAAGAAGGGGGAGAAACUUAACUUGGCGACGAAGGAGGAGGAGGACGGUGAGGAGCAGAAGCCGGAAGUGAAGAGCAGCGAGUGUGUGUUGCUGCGCGGGAUCUUCAAGGUGGGUAAGAAAAGCCACGACGUCCUGCUCACCAGCACCACGCUGACUUGGACACCCAUCACGCCCGAGAGCCCCACAGGUGAGGCGUGCUCGCCGCCCCCAGGUGUGCUGAUGCUGCGCGACGUCUUCGCAGCGAAGGUGAAGCGUCGGCGAGCGGCCGGCCAGCGCUGCGGCGGGCCUGUGCUGGGCGUGGCCUUGUUUUACUGCAAGCGGAGGGGGAGGAGGCUGGAGGAGGACACGCUGCACCUUCACAACGCCUCCUCAGACCACACACACAUCUGGUACAACACCUUGAGGGAGCUGCUGGCAGGCUUCAGCAAUCGUCCCAGGUGUGUGAAGGUGUUCAUCAACCCGAGCAGUCACAAGAAGGAGGCGGUCCACAUCUACAGAGAACAUGUGGCGCCGCUCUUCAAGAUGGCCGACGUACGCACAGACAUCACUGUGACAGACAGGCAGGGCCACGCCCUCUUCGUGAUGAAAGAGCUCCAGCUGGAUGAAUUUGACGGGGUGGUGUGCGUCGGCGGUGACGGCUCCGUCGCAGAACUUUGCCACGCUCUGGUCCUGAGAGCCCAACUGGACGCCGGGUCUCCUGAGAGUCCAGUGAGAGCUCUUCUGCCUCUGGGGAUCAUCCCUGCAGGUUCCACAGACGUGGUGUCGUGUUCUGUUCACGGGGUGAGAGACCCGGCCACCGCAGCCAUGCACGUCGUCCUGGGUCACCUGCAGCCGGUGGACAUGUGCAGCUUCUUCUCGCUGGGACAGCUGCUGCGCUUCGGCUUCUCCGCCAUGUUCGGCUUUGGCGGGCGGAGCCUGGCGCAGGCGGAGAAGAGGCGGUGGAUGCCGUCGUCGCGGCGACACGAGUACGCUCUGGUCAAGACCCUGGCCGGGCUCAGCAUGUUUGUGUCUUACAGAGCAGACCACUGUCAGCUGAAUUUUCUAGUGAGCAACGCAGACCACGACCUGUCUGGGCAACUAGGCCAAGACCCAGUCCAGGACCAGGGUGGGGACUCAGAGGGGGCGGAGUCCUGGACCACUAAUCAGGGUUCAUACCUGAGCAUCAGCAUUAUGGCCAUACCCUGUCUCAGUCCUCACACCCCCAGAGGACUGGCCCCUAACACCAGACUAGCCAAUGGGAGCGCAGCGUUGAUCGCCGUGGGAGACACGUCCAGGUCGGAGUUCAUCAAACACCUGAAGCGGUACAACACCUCGGGUGGACAGUUCAACUUCUCCUUCGUGGAGACGCACACCGUGUCAGCGGUCAGGCUCCGCCCCCGGGCGCCCGAGGACGAGAGCGAGGAGGACUCGAAGACGACGCCCAUCAUCCAAUCGGACGCCACCUUUCCCUGGAACAUUGACGGGGAGCUGGUGGAGAUCGCCAAUGAAGUCGUCAUCAGGGUCCACCCUGGCCUCAUCACCUUGUACGGAGAGGAGGUGGACGAGGCCGAGGCCGAUGUGUCCUGCAGCUGCAUCUGAGGCCAGCAGAGGGUUUCCAUGGUGACCACACACUUUAUAAACCUCCUUCCAUGGCUUCCUUUUGACUUCUGUUUGCAUGUUUAGCACUUUAGCAAACACAUUUACUGACUUUUAUUCUUCACUUUUUAUGCGGGCUGUCAAAGUGCGUAAGAAGGCCUAUCAAACCCCGAGCUUCUGCCGGAAAAGAUGCACACGAUGUUUCUUUGUCUACGCACUCUGAAACGCACUGUACAUUCCAGACAAUAAGCCACUGCUUUUUUCCCACGCUUUGUACCCUGCGGCUUAUAAAACAGUGGAUUUGUCUUCGCUGACCAUAAUGUAAAUAGUUGACAUCAAACACAUGCAAAGACAGUGCGUUAUUGUUUGUGCUAUGGCGCCAUCUUCUGGACGACUUUGCUCACUGCAGGUGUUGCUGGGUGAACAUGAAUUCCUUAAAGCCUUGAACCGUAAGUAGAAGUGCUAUUCCGUCUUCUAGGCCUCCAUAGCGUUUCUACUCAUAUGGAUUCUUCAUUCAUCACUCCAAGCAACGUUUGUAAGUUUUACAAUACAACUAAAGUCCCAUGUGUGAUGUCUGUCGGAGUGUUUUCAUGCUUAUUCGUACUUGUUAAUGUAAUGAAGCCAGUGUCGUUAGCGUUAGCUAAUAUGCUAACACGUUUACGAGUGUUUGUUAGUAUUAUUAACUUACAACGGCAUUCUUUUUGUAUUGUUUCAGUUUUGCAAAUUAACCAAAACCGUGGAGUAGAGAUGUCCGAUAAUGGCUUUUUUGCCGAUAUCCGAUAUUCCGAUAUUGUCCAACUCUUAAUUACCGAUUCCGAUACCAACCGAUACCGAUAUAUACAGUCGUGGAAUUAACACAUUAUUAUGCCUAAUUUUGUUGUGAUGCCCCGCUGGAUGCAUUAAACAAUGUAACAAGGUUUUCCCAAAAUAAAUCAACUCAAGUUAUGGAAAAAAAUGCCAACAUGGCACUGCAAUAUUUAUUAUUGAAGUCACAAAGUGCAUUAUUUUUUUUAACGUGCCUCAAAACAGCAGCUUGGAAUUUGGGAUAUGCUCUCCCUGAGAGAGCAUGAGGAGGUUGAGGUUGGGGGGGGCUAGCGGGGGGUGUAUAUUGUAGCGUCCUGGAAGAGUUAGUGCUGCAAGGGGUUCUGGGUAUUUGUUCUGUUGUGUUUAUGUUGUGUUACGGUGCGGAUGUUCUCCCGAAAUGUGUUUGUCAUUCUUGUUUGGUGUGGGUUCACGGUGUGGCGCAUAUUUGUAACAGUGGUAAAGUUGUUUAUACGGCCACCCUCAGUGUGACCUGUAUGGCUGUUGACCAAGUAUGCCUUUACUGCUGAAAAGCUGUUGAUAUUAUGUGACUGGGCUGGCACGCAAAGGCAGUGCCUUAAGGUUUAUUUGCGCUCUGUACUUCUCCCUACGUCCGUGUGACACAGCGGCGUUUUAAAAAGUCAUACAUUUUAUUUUUUUAAACCGAUACCGAUAAUUUCCGAUAUUACAUUUUAAUGCAUUUAUCGGCCGAUAAUAUCGGCAGUCCGAUAUUAUCGGACAUCUCUACCGUGGAGUUAUUGAGUCUGUUUAGCUGAUUGGAGAGCUAGCUUGCACACCUAGGGGGUCCAUGACGAUGACUUCUGUUUUGUUUGAUCAGCCAUUUUACUGCCUGUUACAGGCACCAAUUUGAAACAAUUAAGGUGCCUAAAUAAACAUUUACCAAAUAUUUGUGUAAAUAACUAAAUCUUGUAAAUAUCUGCAUAAAAUAUAUGUUAAAAAAAAAAGUAAUGUAGUGGGUGUGGCUUAUAUAUGGAAAAUUAUUUUCUCCAGUAAAAUAGUGUCAUGAAGUAGCAGCCUGUUAUUAAUUACAAAGCCAAGAUAGCCUAGCAUCUACUUUAGCAUAUUAACGCACGACAACAUUGAAAGUUGACAAAAGCGGUUUGGACCUUAAGUCUGCUGAGAAGAAGUGUCAAUAGAAAAUACUUUAUCAAAAGAUGUUGACUCCAGUGCACAACAAGUCCAGGUGAACAAACAUAUUAAAAAAACAUGUUUGUCUUCUUCAGCUUUUAGUGUGAAAUGUGACAGGAAGUGACGUAGGCGCUCCACGCCUCUUGUAGUCACAUUUAAAUAAGGGAGCGACGGGACAGGCAUUUUAGCGCAGAAGCUAACAGGAUGUGCGUGAAAAGCGUAGAAACACAAAUGUCGAGCGCUGUCCUCCAGCGGUCGUGUGACUCGUCCCCCCCCCCCCCCCCCCCCCAGACAGGAAGUGUUGUAGUCCAAGCAGGAAGUGUCUCUCAGCAGGUGAAUGAAAACAUGGCUGCCAUCCUCUGAGGUCAAAGGUCCCCUGGAAGUCGGGCCUUCUUAUUGGUCCGUCCCUUUCCGGGCCCCCCCCACCCCCCCCUGCCUCUCAGCGCUUUUCACGUGGAGUUGGCACGGUGGCGAAAAAGGUCAAAGGUUGUUGGGGGUUGAUACACCUGACUGAGUGAGCAUGGCUUUCAUUGGCAGCGUGAAAUAAAAGUCAGUCAAACCAACAACGUGCGUUAGGACGUGCUCUCCCUGUGGUUCCGUUUGGGGACGUAGUCCCAGCUGUCCCUGUUGAACUCCUCUUCCUCCUUCUUCUUCUGCAAGUCCCUCUUGAAGAAGCCCGCCUGCGGGAAAGAUCCAUAGUUCUUACACCAGCACAUACUGACCACCUGGUGUCACCUUUACCUUCCACAAGCACCAGAUGAGCGCGGCCAAGAUCAUCAGACCCAGAACCAAGCUGACCACCACGAUGAAGACUUUGACAGGCGUGGAAGGUUUCUGGGUGAAGUGGGCCUCCACCAGCACCUGCAGCCAAACGGUGUCAUGGCGUGCGUCUUCCAGCAGGGUGUGCUAAAGACUACAUUUCUGUGAUGAAGCUGCACUUGAUGCUUUAUUGCAGUGCUUCUGUUUUCACCAAGUAGGUCUAAGUAUUCAUUAAGUACCACCAUAAUGAAAACAUUAAAAUACAGUAAUGUAGUAGACCUAAGUAUUAAGUACCACCAUAAUGACAACAUUAAAAUACAGUAGUGUAGUAGACCUAAGUAUUCAUUAAGUACCACCAUAAUGACAACAUUAAAAUACAGUAGCAUAGUAGGUUUAAGUAUUUAUUAAAAAAACAAGGUUCUAUAUUUAAUAUUUUUGGCCACUAAAAUUACCCACAGUUUGAUCAGUAACACUGUGUUUGAAUAUUAGAAAGUAACACUACUUUAAUCAAGUGAGUCUUUUGGUGUACCACUAGAGCAGGGUUGUCCAAACUUCUUAAAUUGGGGGGCUGCAUUGGGCUAAAAAAAAAUGUGGCGGACUGCAUGUAAAGUAAUGAUAUUUGUGUGUACAUAUUCUAUUAAUAUGAUGAUAUAUAAUGAAUUCCUUGUUUACGUCCGUGACGACCUUAAAAGUUUUGUAAUC